UCUUACAACGCAACAUGAACUACAUUAAGGAAGAAUUGACCUUUGAAUGUUCGGAAGUUCUUUCAACUUCCAUGGAUGAGGAGAAGAAACUCGUUUUAUCUGAAGACGAAAUUAAGAAAUUGCGACUUGCGAUGGAAAAACUGGAUGAAUUUCAGCAGAAAUGCCAAGAGGCUCUGGAGCAAACACUAGAGCAACAUAGACUUGACUCUGGUAAGGUUGAAAUGAUUCAAUUGGAUGAACUUGCCCAAGUCUUAUUCGAAAGGGCACAAUUAGACAAGACUGAUGUGCAAAAAAUGGAGGAAGACCUUAACUUGUUCCAGAUGUUUAAGGCAGCCAUUAAACUGGUGACUGGUAGUGCGCUGGAUGAAAAUGUGCAGCAACUGAGCGAUGACUUGGAACAUUGGCUUAAUGCCAUCACACCAGUCAUGAUUAGAGUGCUUCGGAGUAAUGGCAUUUCACCUCCAAAACCGCCACCGUCUGAAGACUUACAGGAGAGACUGAAUGAACAAAUCAAAGAUUCUUUGAGGGAAUUUGUCUGUGCAAACGACGAAGAAAACGUGGAACACCCUGUGACAAACGCAGAAGAAACAGAUAGUUGUAAAAUCAACCCAAGAACUGUUCGUGACGUCAGAAAUUACAUCACUGUAAGGGAUCUGGGUGAUCUGUUGUUCCUUUUUAAAGGAGAUUUUGGUCAUGUGACCAGACACAGUUGAUAGCCUGUCAGGAGAGACAAAAAAAGAGACUUAAUGUUGAAUUAUGAUUUAUGUACAGAGAGAGCGCGUAGAUCUCAAUAUAUUGUUAUUGUUAUUUUAAGAGACAUUGUAAUAUAUAAUUAAGUCCUGCAUUUUUGAAUUUGUAUCACUAAUAUGAUGUUACAUAA